CGGCUUCGCGUUUGCUGGUUUUGCUUUGGAUCGGUUUCUUUCUGGGUUCUUUUAUUUUUUUUCCUGAGAAGUAGUUGGCUUUGUCCUGUGGCUCUUUUGCGGUUUCUUUAUAUUCACGGGUGCAAUGCGGAUCAUGUAGAGACUUGUGUUUGAAAUGCUGCAAUGGAUGGUAAUAUCGACUGAGACUUGAUUGGCAUUUGCUGUCAAAAAUGGUUCUCGGGUUGAGAUCGAAGAGCCGAAAAAGCGUCGCACUUCAAGUCGAUUACCUUAUCCACGUAGAACAGAUUAAGCCCUGGCCCCAAUCUCUGAGAUCUGCUCAAUGUCUUUUGGUUCAAUGGGAAAACGACGAUAGUUCGGGAUCCUUCCCUUGCAGUGCCGAGGAUGGAAAGGUCGUGAUUGGCGAGUCGCUUAAGCUUCCUGUUACUCUGUGCAAGGAAGCGUCCAAGAGAAGAAGCAGCAGUGAUUGUUUCCAGAAGAACUGCUUGGAGUUCUCUUUAUAUGAGUCCCUAAAGAACAGGGCGGUGAAAGGUCAACUGCUGGGAUCUGCUGUGAUAAACCUUGCAGAUUAUGGGGUUAUUCAAGAGACCGCAAAUGCUAGCAUUCCUGUGAGCUGUAAGAAAAGCUUGAAAAAUUUGCCACAACCUGUGCUUUACAUUAGCAUUCAGCCCUGUGAUGUGGAUAGCUCCAGCUCUUCACCAAAGAGUGGACUUUCGAAAGAAGUAUCUCUUGAAAAGCCUGGAAGUGGAUCUGUUUCGGCUCAGGUCAAUGAAGAGGAUGUUGAGGUCUCGUCGUUCACUGAUGAUGAUUUAGAUGGUGAUGUCCCCGUGCAUUCAUUGCGAAUCACUUCCACCUCUCUUCCUGCAAAUGUUGUCACCCUACUGUCUCGAGAUGAUAAGAGAGAACCAGGAACAUCACAUAAUGGCAAACAAGUUGCUAAUCGAGAAGAUGCACUACUACUAGAAGUAGCAACUUCAAGCCAGGAAAAACAUUUUGUGGCUGAAGCAAGUGAACAUGGAAAAGCCACCUUUUCUUCACCAUCUACAGACUUACUUGACACCGGCAACUAUGCUCAAGGUCUCCAAGAUAUGAGAGAGUUGCACAGCAAGGAAAACACAAGUUUGCCGGAACCAAUAGCUUAUAAGCUCCAUGAGAGAAUUCCUGAUGGAAGUGAUGGGAUUAGAGAGGGCUCUCGAGCAGAAAGUGAAGGUGAUGUUAUUGGAAGCUUUUCCGAUGGUUCAUCCUCUAAUGCUCCUAAUUCGGAGGGCAAUAUUGACACAGAGCUUGUAAGAAGCACCCUCUCUCGAGAUCAUGAAAACAAUUGGAGUUCAAAUAAAGUUGGCCUAUCUCCACCCCUACAUAUGCUGUUAGGUUCUUUGACAGUAAAAGAUGAGAAUGAACAGCAAGAAAAUGGCCUAGCAGAACACACGCUAAAAAAAAAGAAACAUUUUCGAGAUGUAGCUGCAGGUUUUCUAAAGCGUGACACCAGAAAACAGGUUGCCUUCUCGAGAGAUGGUGCAGAUGAGAUGGGUGAUUUUGUUGAUGGCAAUGAACUAAAACAUGAAAAAGAUGCGAACCUGUUAUCUAAUCCAUCUGAUAACUUUAAACUGCUUGUUAAGAGCGCUGUUGCAAAAGAGGCGAAACGGAUUCACCCACGCAGAGAUGACAACAAAAGUGCUACUUUUUCUGCGAUAGAUGAUAAGAAGAAAUUGGCAAACUUUUCUGCCAACGAAGCCAAGCUGGAAAACAGAAUUGCUAUGCUUGAGGAAGAGUUGAGGGAAGCUGCUGCUAUUGAGGCUAGCCUUUAUUCGGUUGUUGCUGAGCAUGGAAGCUCCUCAAACAAGGUCCAUUCUCCAGCUCGGCGACUAUCUAGAUUGUACUUCCACACUUGCAAAUUAAAUUCUCCAUCCAAGAGGGGGAGGGCAGCCAGAGCUGUUGUUUCUGGGCUAGUUUUGGUCUCUAAGGCAUGUGGAAAUGACGUGCCAAGGUUAACUUUCUGGUUGUCCAAUGCAAUAAUGUUGAGAGCAAUUAUCACUCUUGCUGCCGGCAAACUGCUUGGUGAAGAAUGUGUAGGCAAUAAAGUAAAUAAGGAAACAUUGGUUGAAUCUUCUGUUCACAGGAUAGACAGAGACAAUGCGUCAGAAUAUGCUGAUGUGUGGGAGAAUCCGUUGGCCUUUACGGCUGCACUGGAAAGGGUUGAAAGCUGGAUAUUUUCCCGAAUAGUUGAAUCCGUGUGGUGGCAGACUGUGACUCCACACAUGCAGCCUUCUGCUGCCAAAGUUUCAAACUCAAGGAAAAUCCAUGGCCACUUUUCUGUUGAUCUCUGGAAGAAGGCUUUCAUGGAUGCCCGUGAAAGGCUUUGUCCCAUUCGAGCUGGAGGUCACGAAUGUGGAUGCUUGCCUCUACUGGCCAGAUUGGUAAUGGAGCAGUUGGUAGGUAGACUAGAUGUUGCCAUGUUCAACGCGAUACUGCGUCGAUCAGAUGACGAGAUGCCAACAGAUCCUGUUUCUGACCCCAUCAGUGAUUCAAAGGCGCUGCCUAUUCCAGCUGGAAAAUCUGGUUUUAGGCCUGCGAUACAACUGAAAAAUGCGAUUGGGGACUGGUCCAGAUGGCUGGCUGACUUAUUUGACAUUGAUGAGGAUGACUCUCCUAAAGAUGGGAACAAAACUGACGGUAGCAAGAAACAGGAAGGCGGUACAUCUUUCAAAGCUUUUCCUCUCCUUAAUGCCUUGAGUGAUCUGAUGAAGCUUCCCUUUGACAUGCUGGCUGAUAGAAGUGCAAGAAAGGAGUUUUGCCCUGUGUUUGGUGUGCCAUUGAUCAUGAGGGUUCUCGACAAUUUUGUUCCUGAUGAAUACUCUCCAAACCCUGUGCCGGAGGCACUUAUUGAGACCCUGGACUCCGAGGAUCACCUUGAUGAAGACGAACAGUUGAUAAUAAGUAUCCCACACAUUGCAUCACCAACCGCAUAUGCACCACCUCCAGCAUCUUCACUUGGCACCGUCAUCGGAGAGAUGGGAAAUCAAACCUUGUCGGGGACAGGGUCAUCGGUCCUUAGAAAAUCCUAUACCAGCGACGACGAGCUCGACGAAUUGGACUCUCCAAUAGGUUCAAUCAUCCACGAUGGUGGCCGGGUUUCGCCCACUUCACCGCUGCCAAGCUGGAUGCUCGAAAGAAAGAGUGGCAGGAAGGUUGUCAGAUAUCGACUCCUCAAGGAAGUGUGGAGAGAUGGUGAAUAGUCCCUCCCAUGCCUUGCUCUCCAGUUUUUUUGUUCUUUGCAUCUAUGUACUUCCCCUGUAAUUAAUCUGGUCAGCUUAAUACAUGUAUUUUGAUUUAGAAAGUUUCAAGAAAGUAUCCGUAUAGCAAUAGCAAGUACUGAGUUUUGCUGAA